AUGUCUCAACCACGAGACUACACCGUCGGUUGGAUAUGUGCUAUCAGAGUUGAAUACAUUGCCGCACAAGUCUUCCUUGAUGAGGAACACGAUCCACCAGAAUAUAUUUCCCAGCAUGACAACAAUCACUAUACAUUAGGUCGAAUCGGGAAACACAAUGUUGUUAUCGCGACCUUGCCUUCAGGGGCAUACGGGACAACCUCCGCCGCAACAGUCGCCAAGGAUCUACUACAUUCAUUCCCAAAUCUUAAGAUCGGUCUCAUGGUGGGAAUUGGUGGUGGGGCUCCUACUGAGAAACACGAUAUUCGCCUGGGCGAUGUGGUUGUCAGCCAUCCGGGAGAUGGCAACGGCGGACUACUCCAGUAUGAUUUUGGCAAGAAUAUUCAAGGCCAAGGAUUCCAAAUUACUGGGUUCUUGAAUCAGCCACCACCCAUCUUACUUUCAGCGCUUGCGGGCCUGCGAGCUUUGCAUGAGCGAAAAGGUCAUCACCUUAAGACGGUUGUCGAAAGAACUUUGCAAAAGAACAAGAGGCUGCGGAAGAAAUUCGAGCAACCGGACCCAAGCAGUGACAGACUAUAUGAGUCCGAAAUAACGCAUGGGGAUGGCGAAGAAAGUUGUUUGACAGCCUGUGGUUCACGAGGGCUAAAAGUGCGACACCUGCGAUCCGAGGACGACGACGACCCAGAGAUUCACUAUGGCUUGAUUGCAUCGGCGAAUCAACUAAUGAAGAAUGCCUUGGUUCGAGAUCAACUAGCCAGCGACAUGGGUAUCUUGUGCUUUGAAAUGGAAGCAGCAGGUCUUAUGAACCACUUUCCCUGUCUUGUCAUACGCGGCAUUUGUGAUUAUUCAGAUUCUCACAAAAAUAAACAAUGGCAGGGCUAUGCUGCGAUGAUGGCCGCUGCAUACACGAAGGAUCUUCUUAAUCAAAUACAACCAAACAAGGUGGCACUCGAAGUCUCAAUCAGAGAUCAUCUAUCAGGUCUUGAAAAUAUUGCAACCAAGCAAUUAAAGGUUUUGGAACGACAGCUCAAAGUACAGAAAGAUCAGGCUUCACACAAGAAGCAAAAGCAGGAGCGGGAAUUUCUCCAGCUCUUUCGUCUUACCAGCGGCACUGGAGACAUUACAUACGAGUGGUAUAAGCACCGUGUCGAAGAUAGAGUGGAAGAUACAUGCAUGUGGUUUCUAAGACACCAAAACUUCCAAUUGUGGCUGAAGGCAGACUCCGGCCCUCUGUUCGUUUCAGCAGACCCUGGAUGCGGCAAGUCAGUUCUCGCGAAAUAUCUGAUCGAUCAUGUGCUUCCAGAGACAGCAAAGACAACGAACGUGUGCUAUUUUUUCUUCAAAGCACAGGAUCAGCACACAAUCCGUCAGGCACUUUGCGCUUUGAUUCACCAGCUCUUCUCCAUGAAACCGUGUUUGAUCGAGACAGCAAUACCAUUGUACGAAAAGGAUGCUUCGGCCAUGAUCAAUUCAACAACGUCUCUAUGGAAUGUAUUCCUGAAUGCUGUCAAAGAUCCCCGCGCAGGAUUUGUAACUAUUAUACUUGAUGCAAUUGACGAGUGUUCUGAGUCGGCAAGCCUAAUAAAGAGCAUCGAGAAGCAUUUCUACAGUCGCGGUGUAAACUAUGGAAAGUUAAAGUUUCUCCUCACAAGUCGACCAUAUCGCAAAAUCAUAUCGGACUUCUUUGGCCUGAGAAAAUCUUUUCCAGAAAUCCAUAUCCCGGGAGAAGAGAAGUCAGAAAUGAUCAGCUAUGAGGUAAACCACGUCAUUGCAUAUCGAAUCAAACGCUUGUCAAAAAAGAGUCAGUGGUCGCCUGCGAUUGAAAAUCAUCUUAGAAAUAAACUCCAGCACAACUCCCACCGAACCUACCUCUGGGUCUAUCUCAUAUUUGAGCACCUUGAGGUUGAGGAUUUCAAAAAGACCCCAAAAGGAAUCGACUUGGCUAUUGAGAACCUUCCCAACACUGUCAACGAGGCAUACGAACAGAUUCUUAGUCGGUCCAAGAAUCACCGAUAUGUCCAAAAAGCUCUUAGUAUCAUUCUAGCUGCUUGUCGACCACUGACACUCUCGGAGAUGAAGAUUGCCAUGGAGAUAGAAAGUACAUCGCAGUCUUUGGAUGACCUUGAUCUAGAAACAGACGAGGACUUCAAGGCGCGGCUGAGAUCCCGUUGCGGGUUAUUUAUCUCUAUCUACGAAGAGAAAAUCCACUUUCUUCAUCAAACAGCGCGAGAGUUUCUUCUUACCCGUGUUGAUUUAGGAUCACCUGUAACCGCGUCGUUAGUACCACGUUUUCAAGGCUCCAUCACUCUUCAAGAUGCACACAACAUUCUUGCGAAAUGCUGUGUACACUACCUAGACCUGUUCAAUUCUGACUAUAACCCACUGGAUAACACCAAAAAAAGAACCUUGGCUUCUCUUCAGACUUGCGCAUUCUUCUCCUACUCAGCCUUUUAUUGGGCCGACCAUUUUCGCGAAGCCCAAGACGGGGCGUAUCCUGAUUUUCUUGAUUGCGUAAUGAGAAUCAUGAACCCAGGUUCACGCAGCUUCCCUAAAUGGUAUUUGACCUGGCGCAAUUACCGGCCUCCGAGCAACAGAAUACGGAAUAACCUACCUCAAGUCGACCAAAGGACUAUUAUCAACCUGCCAUCCUUUCUCGGUCACCAUAGUAUUGUCAGGCUCCUGCUCCAGAAUCGCGCUGAUCCCGAGAUUAGGUGCACUGACGGCCGGGUGCCCCUGUUCUGUGCUGCCGAGAAUGGGCACGUGGCUACAGUAAAACUUCUCCUGGAAGCCGGCGUGAGGGUUGAUGCAAUGGUCGGAUCAAAACCUCGCACUUCACUUUUUCAAGCUGCUCAGAACGGUCAUGACGCUGUAGUGAACCUUCUCCUUGAGAGCGGCGCUGAUUCGAGCUUAAGGGGACGAUAUUAUGGCACUCCAUUGCUAGCAGCUGUCAAGAAUGGACAUAAAGCCACAGUUGGGAUUCUUCUCGAAAAAGGUGCGGACCUUCAUGUAAGGGAUUGCCAUGGGGAUUCAUCACUCUUCCUAGCAGCUAAGUAUGGCCAUGAGGGCAUAAUUAGUUCGCUUCUUAACAAAGGAGCCAGCAUUGAGGAAAGAGAUGAUAACGACGAGACGCCAUUAAUGCAUGCUUUCAACCAUGGGUAUAAGACUGCAAUUAGUAUCCUCAUUGGGAAAGGGGCCAAUAUCGAGGCAAUUGAUAUUGAAGGUCAAAUACCCCUGAUAUGGGCUGUCAAAAAUGGGUACAAGAGUGCGAUUGGUGCUCUUGUUAAAAAAGGCGCCAGCAUCGAAGCAGUUGAUAAUGAAGGACAAACGCCCCUGAUAUGGGCUGUCAAAGCGAAUGACGAGCUCAUAGUUGAGCUGCUUCUUGAGAUGGGUGCUAAUGUUCAAGCAAGAGAUCAUGCCUUCGGUCAGACGGCUUUGUCAUGGGCUGCUGAGAGAGGUUAUAAGACCAUCGCUGCUCUACUUAUCAAAAACGGUGCCGAUGUCGAAGCGCGAGAUAACUUCGGCUGUACGCCACUGCAACGUGCUAGGAGAUAUAGACGACGCUCUAUCGUAGCUCUGCUCCUCGGACAGGGUUCUGAUCCAAUGGAUACAGAUAGUGAUUAUUAA